GCGCUCAGCUGCGGAGCAGGGCGCCCGGCGCCCGGUCGGAGCUGGGCUGGCGGCCGCGGAGGGAGGACGGGAGGGUCCUGGCGUGGAAAGGGUCUCUAAGGAGUAGUGCGGUACCGGGGCUAGUAGCCGGCUGCCCCGAGGGCAGUUUCAGAUAUCCCCAGGCGGCGGCGGCUCUAAGACAGCAUCUGUCACCGCUCUUACACAGUCCUCCUUGGGCCGGGCUUCGCUAGCGGCGGCUGGGAAGACGCGGGACCUAGCGUGACGAGCCCAUCAGCUGUCAGGAGAGCGGCGAAGCGACCCGAGGGCGGCGGCGAGAGACACACAAAGAACGCGGUGAGCGGCGGCGGCGAAAGGGGGCGGCAAAUUCGGGACGGCAACUCCCGGCCGCGCCCGCCCGUGCCGCCGCCGCCGGGGCUGGGUCCGAGGCCGCGGAGACAAUGCGGCCGGGCUCCGACCCCGCGCGCCUCAGAGUGCGGGCGCCUGCGCUCCCCCGGCCCCUAUUUGACCGUCCCUCGGCUCGCCCAGCCCCCUCCCGGCCAGCUUGGCCCCCGCCCGGGGAAGGGGCGCCCCCUCGCUCCCGCAGCCGGGAAGGAAGUCGGCCCGCGGCCGCCGAGCCCGGCAACUUGCGAGCCGGGAAAAGUUUGCGGCGCCUCCGCGGGGCGGCGCGGCGCGGCGCGGCCCGCCCCUGGCGUCCAUGGUCACCGCCGGUGACUUUCUGGACUCGUCGUCAGCCCAGGCCGCGGCGCGGCCGGUGGCGACUGCGGGGAGGGCCAGAGUACGUCCGAGGGCUCCCGCGCAAGGGGCUGCGGCCCUGGAGAGUUGCUGUAGAAGAGGGAUAAGAGAGGAAGACAACACAGGAGGAGAUAAGUCACUCUGGAUACAAGGGAAGGUCAUACCGCUAUAUAGUAAUUAUUGAGCAGAGGGGAAAGGGACAAGGGAAGGAGUAGACUGCAGUCCAGCUAAUAACCUGGGUUUCCUCAUGUAUCACCCUGGCUCAGGUGCUGUCUCCUCUACCCCCUCCUUUUUUAUACCCCUUUAUUUAGUACUUAAAUACUUUUCUGAUUCACUUUGAGAAACAUUGAUUGUGUUGUCUGCCUCAAAAUGUUAAUCUUGGUUUUGGAUUUUAGGCUCUGUGAUCCUCAACCUUGCAAUGGCUUAGGGGUACCAACUGUCUCCUUUUGGAAUCUAGCCUUUGGAAUUAUUGAAGGGCAGAGAUUUCUAUCUCUGAUCCCAAAGGAAUAGAUCCAGAAUCCAUCUCCAAAUUUGCCUUGUCAGAGAAGUGUAUGCCGUCAAGACAUGGCGAUGUGAUCAGACAGGCCACUGCCCCUGACUUUGAAAAAUACCUUUACUUUCUAGAGCUCAUGUACUUUCCAAAGUACUUUGUCUCUCAUUAGCUUGCUUUCCCCUUACAAACAGUCCUGUAAAAUAUUGAUAUUAGUAGACAGACUCCUACAAGGCCCCUCAAAUCUUGCAAGGCUAUUCUUCGCUAUCUUCACAUCAUUUUUUUUUUUAUUUUCCUAAAAUUGAAAACCUUUCAUCACUUUCUAUUUGUACCCAUAUCAAAUGGAGCCUCCUCUGCUUGGCUUAUAUGGUGACCUUAAAACCAGUGUCCUAUCCUACUCUGAAUAUAUUCUCCACAUAGUUCCUGGAACAUGGAACACUUAACCACCGGCCUUAGCCCAUAUUGCUUCCCUUAUUAGUGAUGCCUCCUCGAACCGCUCAGAUUCUACCCAUUCUUCAGUUUCUAACUCCUCCUUGGAGCCUUCCUAG